AUGGCUUUGCUGCGGCUGCUCGUUCUGCUGGCCCUGGCCGGGCCCGUGGGAGGCACCUGGGACACCUGCAGAGGCACCUGCGGGCUCCGGCCCAUGGCCUUCGACCACAGCUCUGUGGUUGCUGAGUAUUCUCAGGACAACGACUACGACUCCCUGGAUUCUUCCGAUGACACCGCCCAGGACACGGGUGAAUCUGCUGGAGUCCACCCAGGGGCCUGGCCUGGGGUCAUCAGUGUCCAGGCCACCUGGGAGAACGGCACAUGGCACAUGUGCUCAGGAGCACUCAUCCACCCCCAGUGGGUGCUCACCGUGGCUCACUGCUUUGCCCAUGCUGGAGACAUCUCCAGGUGGGAAGUGGUGAUUGGGGCCACGGAUCUGAGCCAGCCGGGCCCCGAGGCCCAGCUGCGCCACAUCAAGACCCUGCUGGUGCACCAGUACUACGAACCCCGCACGGCCCGGAACAACAUUGCCCUGCUGGAGCUGGACCAGCCCGUGGAGUGCAGCGACUACAUCCAGCUGGGCUGCGUGCCCGACAGCUCCCUGGCAGUGUCCGAGCUGAAAACCUGCUACAUCGCGGGCUGGAGGAACACCCCGGACAGCGCCCCCAGCCCACGCCUGGUGCUGCAGGAGGCCAAGGUGCGGCUCAUCGACGUCCAGCUGUGCAACAGCAGCCGCUGGUACGGGGGGGCCGUGCACCCCCAGGACCUGUGCGCGGGGUACCCGCGGGGCGGCAUCGACACCUGCCAGGGGGACAGCGGGGGUCCCCUGGUCUGCAAGGACAACGUUGGUGACUACUUCUGGCUGGUGGGCCUGACCAGCUGGGGUAAGGGCUGCGCCGGGGCCAAGCGGCCCGGGGUGUUCACGUCCACCCAGCAGUUCCACACCUGGAUCCAGGUGCAGAUGGGGCUGCUCCCGCCUGAAGCUGACGCUCCUCCGCCCGAGCCCUUCCCGAGCCCGGAGGAAGAGCCCGACGCUGACUUGGAGGAUGAGAUGAAUCCCAACCCGGAUGACUCGGAGGAUUACUCGAAGGUUUCCUUCCAACAACAGAUCCUGGGGAAAUUCCUGAACCUGCUGCUGGAGCUCCUGCAGUUCCUGAAGGGAGAGAAAGCCUGAGCAGCGGGAUGAGCUGAUCCAGUUCUGGCAAGCAUUCCCUCCUGGGGCCGUGGCUGUGGGGCCAACCCAGCCCCGGUGCCCAGGGCUGCUGUGCCCUGCCCACGCUGACCCCUGCGCCCACCCCAAUGGUGAAUCCAGUUUGUGCUUCAAUUAGAGUUGUUCCAGUUCCCAGUUA